AUGCCUUCUCCAGCUACUCAUUAUCGACGAAGAAGUGUUCUUUUAAGUCACAAUGCUACGAAAAUGAAAAGCCCAUUAAUUAAACUACCAAGAGAAAACUCAACAGAAUCAAAUACAAUAAUAACAACAACAAAUGUUGAUUAUUUGAAUUGUUCUCUUACAAUAAAAAAUGAUACAAUUGAAAAAAAUACAAGUUUCUUAAUAAAUAAAAUUCUUCAUCUUUCGCAUGUGGCAUUAUUUAUCUUUACAGAAGCAAUUAAUCGUCGUUCAGAAUUAACAUUACGUGAUAUAGCGGCAGCAAUUAUGAUCUUUAAAGUUCGUCGCUUUCAAAACAACAAAGAUGUUGAUGUAAUUUGCAAAUUCUUUAAUUUGUUGAGUUCUCAACAUAUUCCAAAAAGUAUGAAAGCGAUUCAACAGCAACUUCAUCAAGAUUUUGAUUUAAAAAAAUUCUGCACAUGUUACUACAUAUGUUCUAAUUGUGGAACAUCGGAUUCGAAUUAUACGGUUAUAUGUAGAUCAUGUAAUGAUACAUCUAUAUUUAAAUUUUAUUUAUGUUCAAUCAAACACCAAAUUCAACAACUCUUAUCAAUUUUUGGAGUUUUCAGUAAAUUAAAGGAAGAAAAACUUAAAAAUAUGCAAUUGUUUUCUAAUACGAAGUAUGGAAAAAUUCUUCAAGAAAUUGAAGAUAAUGCGCUUACUAUGAUAAUUAAUUCCGAUGGAGGUUCUACACCUAAUAAAUAUUUAUCGUUGUGGCCGUUUCUUCUCAUUUUGAAUGAACUACCAAUUCCCGAACGCCGGUACUUGGAAAAUAUGUUAGUUGCAGGUAUUAUACCAACCGGAAAAAAGCCGACUAAUUCUGUUGUUCAAGCUUGCUUACAUCUUAUAUACGAGCAAUUGAUACAGUUAGAAAUAGGACAAGAAUUUUACAUUAAUGAUAUUGAUGAACGAAGGAUUAUUCACUUUUACAAUAUAGCAAGCUGUACAGAUAAACCAGCCGAAGCAUUGAUGGAAAAUGUUGUGCCGUAUAAUGCCGAAUAUGGGUGUCCUAAAUGCUUUCAUGCUGGUGAAUUAUAUCAUGGACAGCGAGGUUCCGGUGCUAAAGAAGUAACAUUUACCAUUCGUGUUUAUCCUUUCGUUGAUUAUGAACUUCGAACGCAAGAAAAAUGUUCUCAAAUUGUUGAAGAAUUAGCUACUUACUUAUAUCAAACCAAAAAUAAUAUUUCGAUUUGUAGCAAAAAAAAAAUUGUACGGACAAAAAACAGAAAGAAAAACCAAAAUAAAAAAAAUCGUUAUGGUCAUCUUGGUAAGACUUCAUAA